AUGUUUCCUAAACGAAGCAAGCUAACGCCAUCAGCUAAUGACAUUGAACUGAAAAGGAAAAAAGACAUAGUAAUCACCGCCUACAGCCCACUUGGUUCUCCUGCACGUCCUUGGGCUAAAGCAGAAGAUCCACAUUUAAUGGAAGAAUCGAAAAUCAAAUCCGUGGCUCAGCGCUGCAGAAAGACACCGGCCCAGAUAUUGAUUCGCUACCAGAUCGAUCGUGGUGUUGUCUUCAUCCCAAAGUUAGUCAACAAAUCGCGUAUAGAAGAGAAAUUUAAUGUUUUCGAUUUCAGUCAAGAAGCGAAGGAGAUGGAGGUCAUCGAUAGUCUGGAUUGUAACGGUCGUCUCAUUCUCAUUAGUACGAUGAAAGAUAGUCCCGAUUACCCGUUUGAUGCUGAAUUUUGA